GCGGGCCACUAAUGAGGGGGCAGCAGCCAACCACCUGGCCAGACCCUGCUGUCCCAGCCGGCCUUAGGAAGGCUUUGAUGAUGGUCCACCUGGCCUGCCCCCACGGGUCCGGCUAGACAAGGACCCGCGGCCUGGGCGGCAUUGGAGGAUGCGGUCGCGGCUGCGGCCCCGGCUAGCGGCAGCAGGAAGCCUGGAGCCUUGCAGGUCAGCAAUUGAGUAGCACGGGCCUGGGAAGGCUUCAAGCCUUCGCAGCAAUGGCAGAGAAGCGGCCACUGGGGACCCUGGGGCCUGUAAUGUAUGGCAAGUUGCCCCGCCUGGAGGCAGAUACAGGGUCUGGGCACAGCCUGCUUCCCCCUGCUGGAAGCCAGGACUCCUGCAGCUACAAGGGGGCCUACUUCUCCUGUCCCAUGGGGGGCAUGCCCAAAGCAGGGUCUGAGCGGAUGGCAUCUUGGACCCCAUACCCACCGUUGUACCCCACCAGCAUGGCAGGACCUCCACUUAGGGCCGACAACCUGCUGACCAACUGCCUGCUCUACCGCCCACCCACAGAAGGCCCUGAGAAGAUACAGGAUUCCAGCCCUGUUGAGCUCCCGCCCUUCAGUCCCCAGGCUCAUUCCUACCCAGGCCCACCACUGGCAGCACCCAAACCUGUCUACAGAAACCCUCUGUGUUAUGGGCUCUCAACUUGCUUGGGAGAAGGGGCAGCAAAGAGACCACUGGAUGUUGAUUGGACACUGGUUGCUGGGCCCCUGUUGCCCUCAGCUGACGCACCCUGUUCUUUGGCCCCACCUGCUGGCAAGGGCCAGUCCCUGGAUGGCACCUUCUUGCGUGGGGUGCCAGCUGAAGGGUCCAGCAAAGACUCCUCAAUGAGCUUCUCUCCAUGCCAAGCAUUCCUGGAGAAGUAUCGGACCAUCCACAGCACAGGCUUCCUGGCCUCCAAGUACACAGUUCCUUACUCAGGGGACCCCAAGCAAGCCAUGUCCAAGGGAUCCUCCAGUCCUUGGACCCAGCCAGCCCCGCCCCUAGGGCCACCCUGCCAGGAUGUCAUGCCCACCCACUACCCACUGCCCCACCAUCCACAGGCACUGCCUUGUCCUCCAGCCUGUCGGCACCCAGAGAAGCCGGGUACUUACAGCUCAGGGCUCCCACUGCAGCCUCUGGGAUCCCACAAGGGUGCUGGUUACCAGGCGGGGGAACUUGGCAGCCCCUAUCUGAGGCAGCAGGCAGUCCAGACACCCUACAUGCCCCCUGUGGGACUGGACACUUACUCCUACCCCUCUGCUCCACUCCCAGCACCCUCACCAGGCCUCAAGCUGGAGGCACCUCUUGCUCCACGGUGCCCACUGGACUUUGCCCCCCACACUCUGAAUUUUCCUUAUGCCCGGGAUGACCUCUCUCUCUAUGGAGCAUCCCCAGGGCUUGGAGGGAUGCCACCUUCCCAGAACAGCUUGCAGGCUGUCCCACAGCCUGGCGCCUUCCAGCGUGUGUGCCAGCCUUUACCAGCCAGCCAGCUGUGCUCAGAGCCUGUGAGGCCUUCAGAGAAGCCAGCGCGGGAAGCUGAGGAGAAGAUGUGGCUUCCUAGCUGCAGGAAAGAGCAGCUGCAGCCCCGGCUUAAUGAGCACCCCGGGGCACCCAUUGUCAUCCGGGAUAGUCCAGUUCCCCGCACCCCGCCGGCACUUCCCACUUGUGCCCAGGAGCGUCAGUCUCUUCCACAGAAGGUGGGUGCAAGACCACCCAGCUCUCCACCAAUGCCCAUUAUCGACAAUGUCUUCAGCCUGGCCCCCUACCGUGACUAUCUGGAUGUGCAGGCACCUGAGGCCACAGCUGACACUCCAGCCACCAAUGAGAGCCAUGACAAAGGCUGCAGGGAGACCCUGCCUGCCCAAGAGGGCCCCUCGGGAGCUCACUGCUCACGUAAGGAGGAGGUGGCCCUGGAUUUGAGUGUGAAGAAGCCCAUAGCAGAGGCUUCUCCCAUCAAGGUCCAUAGUCCUGUGGUACAUGCUAAGCCUACUGAAGCCAUGGAUGUGCCAGAUGUGGGGAACCCAGUGUCAGAUCUGCCAGGCCUGAAAAAGAUAGUCACCAAAGCCCCAGCAUUGCCUGGGGAGCCAGUGACCACAGAAGCCAUGCCAAGGACCAACUUCCAUAGCUCUGUGGCUUUCAUGUUUCGAAAGUUCAAAAUUCUCCGACCAGCACCCUUGCCUGCAGCUGUCGUCCCAUCCACACCCACCUCAGCUCCUGCCCCUGCACCCGCGCAGCCUGCCCCCACUCCCACAUCUGUACCUAUUGGACUGCAGAUUUUCAGUCAGCCCUUGCCUAUGGCCUGCUUCAACCUGGCACUGCCCAGCCCUCCGGCCAUAGCCAUGGCCUCCCCUACUCCCACCCCUGCUCCAGCUCCAGCCCUGGCUCCCACUCCAGUUCCAUCUCCUGCCCCUGUUCCAGCUCCUGUCCCUGCUCCAGCUUCAGCUGCAGGCCCUGCUCCAGCAUCUACAGCAACCCCAGCAGACUCCCCAGAGCAGCACUUUACAGGGCUGCAUGCAUCCCUGUGCGAUGCCAUUUCAGGCUCAGUGGCCCACUCCCCACCGGAGAAGCUGCGCGAGUGGCUCGAGAUGGCUGGGCCUUGGGGCAAGGCUGCAUGGCAGGACUGCCAGGCUGUACAGGGGUUGCUAAGCAAGCUGCUGUCCCAGCUACAGAACUUCGUGUAUACACAGCAGUGUCCCUUCCCCCAUGUGGUGCGAGCCGGUGCCAUCUUUGUGCCCAUCCACCUGGUGAAGGAGCGGCUCUUUCCACGACUGCCACCUGCUUCCGUAGACCAUGUACUGCAGGAACAUCGUGUGGAGCUGCGGCCUACCACGCUGUCAGAGGAGCGGGCACUGCGGGAACGCGCUCUGCAUGGUUGCACCUCGCGAAUGCUGAAGUUGCUGGCGCUGCGCCAACUUCCUGACAUCUACCCAGACCUGCUGGGCCUGCAGUGGCACGAUUGUGUACGCCGCCAGCUGGGUGACUUUGACUCUGAGGCUGGUGCUGUGUCCCCCUCAGAACCCUCCAUGGUCAGAGAUGAGCCAGAGAGCCCAGUCCUGGCUCGGAAGUCACCAGCCCCCAAGGUCAGGAAGCCAGGGAGAAAGCCAUCAACCCCUGGCCCGGAGAAAGCAGAGGCAACCACUGGGGGAGAGUCUGAUGGUGGCUCACCUGCCCCUGCUGGGCGUGACAGCCCACCUGGCCCCACCCUGAGGGCCCGAUUCCGCAGCCUGCUGGAAACUGCCUGGCUCAAUGGCCUGGCAUUGCCCACUUGGGGCCACAAGGCCUCAGGACCAGACCGGCCCUCGCCCCACCCACAGCUACUGGGUGGCCAGAGCCACCACCUGUAACUCUAGUUGCUGGUACUAUGUAGGCAACUGCCUGGGGCUCACUCUACUCCCCAGCUUCUGCCUGU